AAAACAGCUUUUUUCUAUGAGGAGUUUCUUCAAGAACACAAUAAUGUUUAAGAGCACUCUUAUUCUGGGUGUUGGCUUUGGUUGUCACAUAUCUAAAAAAAAUGAUCCCAAAUAUAGAUCGUCACAUUUUAUUUUAUUUUUCUUUCUUGACAUUACACGAUCCAGGGGUGUUUGGAAGUUAGAGGUUUGGGGUAAAAUUAGACGUUUGGGGGUGUUUUAGAGGUUUGAUCAUUUCAAUCCGCUAAUGUUAGUGUUUGGUAGUUAGCGGAUUGAAAUAGAGGUUUGGGCUAAAAAGCUAAUUUUCAAAAAGUUAGUUUGAGGAGCUUUUUGGGUUAGCGGUUUGGGUGUGUCACAAAAAGCUCAUCAAACAGCUAUUUACUAAACAGUUUUACAAGAAACCGCUAAUUCAAUCCGCUAGUCAAAAUAUCUAUUUAAAUCAGUUAGUCAAAACAUCUAAUUCAAUCCGCUAACAGCUAAUUCUCAAAGAAGGCCUUUUAAAACCCUCAAAGGUCCUUCAAAUAGUAACAUUUUACUCCCAAAAUAUAAAAUCUGUCUUAUCAUUUUCAAAUCAAAAUGUAACACGAUCUAACUCGAAUACGAGACCGUUGGAUUAUCUGAUAUUACCAUUAAUAAACUAUACUUAUUUAGAACCAAUUCUGACUAUAACCUGCGGGGCCAAUUCUCCCAGCUCUGUUACUUUGGGUAUCACCUGAGGGCCAUUCUCCCCGAGCAAGCUGAAAGCUGAAAAGGCUUCAUCAAACUUUUCUGGGUAGUGCCGAAAUCGAAAAAUAAACGAAAUAGGGAAUGAAGCUAGUAUUAUGCUCCUGAGUCCUGUCCAAAUUUGUCAAUGAAUCCUGUUACAGAAUUCAUUAGAGGAUCACAAGGCCAAUCAUCAUUUUAUGAACUUGUUUGCUACUGAAACAUGAUUUACUUGUUACGAAUCUUAGUGGAGCCAUCAUUUGCUUCAACCCCAUGUCGAAGCAUCAUAUUAGUGUAAAUGUCAGAAGGCUGUCAUCUGCAGAAAGGGGCUGGUUCAGGAAAUAAAGAGCCAAUUGGUCCUCAUAGUGGAAAAACCUCUGGUAUUAAUGCAGUAGCCAGUCAUAGCAUCAGAGUCAAGCAUUAAGUGUUGGUGCAGCAGCAGCAGAAAUCUUGUUUCUGGUGCCGAUCAUUUAUUCUAGAGAGAUGCAAAUGAAUGAUGAACCUCAUGUUCUGGAUGAUUCUGGAAUCAGGUCCAAUGAGGAUAGCGAUAAUGAACCUAGCACCUGGGAUGUUGAUGGAUCUGCUGAUAAUAUACGGAGGUAGAUAAUGGAGCAGAAUCAGAUCUUGAGUUUUACAACUAAGCCAAAGCACAACAUAGGGCAACACUUAUUUCCAGUUCAGAGAGUUCAAGGUCUGUGUUAAAUUGCAAUUGCAUUGCUAAGUGUGCGGCGGGUACGUAAGAUACAUUCAUAACCCCAUCUAUUCCAGAAUGCAGGAAUUCAGUACUAAGUCAGCGCGAAAAAAUGGCCAUUUUUGGUAACCAAGCAAAAUUUGAACUGCGAACAGCCGCUAUACAUAUGCAUAAGUACACAUUAGCCACACAGCCAACACACACUAGCCCCUGCAACAAAUUUGUUUCUGAGCUCCGCAUAUUCUGAGGAAUUUAAUAGCUAUUAAACAAUGAAAAAUCUCUUGAAUGUCACAGCACAUAUGCUUGGGCAAGCUUCAGGUUCAGACGAUAUGAGGCAUAACCUAUCAUGUACUAAGCGUGCAAGACAAGAUAGAAAUAUUUUCAGUUCAGGUCCCAAGGGAGUCGUUGCUCUACUGAGUGGAAACUGGGCAGCCCAUGUUUAUCUAAAUCAUAACUGGAUUUGCAUAGGAAUUUUCAAAACAGAGAACGAAGCUGUCAGGGCUUAUGAAAGCUCAACCGCCAAAAUUUUGGUCGAUUGUCUUAAUAUAAACUUGCAAAAGAGAAGCAACACUGCACAAGAACUAAAUAUUCUGAAACAAGCCCGCAUUGAUGGUACCGGCUCGUGCAGAUCUGUCAAUACUUCCCAGGUGCACGGGACACAAAAGUUUACACGCACCCAACUAUUUGAAAAAGUACUUACUCCUAGUGAUGUAGGUAAGCUCUACAGAAUUGUGAUCCCAAAGAUGUAUGCUAAUUGCUUCUCAUCUAUUUCCGAUGGAAAUAAGUCUAGUUCAGAGGUGCUACCAUUUAAUGAUGAGAUAGCUUUCUAUGACCGGUCAAUGACACUGUGGAAGUUUCGCUACUGUUACUGGAAGGCAAGUAAAAGUUAUGUCUUCUCAAGUGGCUGGAUAAAUUUUGUGCGAGCAAAUAAGCUAAACUCAAAGGAUAAAGUUAUUUUCUUCAAGUGUGAGCAUGUCGAGACAGCUGUUGUUCACACAUAUUUUGCCAUCGAUGUGGAAUAUUAUGCUGAUAGAGGUGGAGUUGAGGAAGCCAGCAGUAACAGUGGAAAAUAUGUUACUAAUGGUGAACAAUUUCAUUUGAAGGAAGGGGUGCAGAAUAUUAACGAUGAACAGAAUGAUUGUGGAACUGCAUGCACCAGGCACAAGAGGAAUAUAGAAGUUGACAAUGACCUGGAAAGAACUGGAUCUGGAAAGGCACCACAGACAAGUUUUAAGCUUUUUGGGGUGAAAAUUGCUUAAGAUACUAUCUGGCAAUACUGGUUUUAAUCUCUCCUGUUAUAAUGAUAAUCAUAUAGCCAUGCAUGCGAGUGAGUCCAUGAGCCCAUCGAUUGUCAUGGAAUUUAGCACAACUCGUUUGUACCUUAUUAUUAAAUUUUAGUAUAAGAUUGGACCAAAUUUUUAUAGUGAAAAUGCAUAUAUCACAAAUUUCUAUUUCUUAAAAUAAUGUCCA